AAGAGAUCAAAAAAAAAAAAUCUCAAACGGCAAAGUCAAAAAAAUACUACUACUCCGACACGAAAAACAAACAGAAAAUCGGGGGAAAAAAAUCUCUGUCCAUUCGUUCGCUUCUCCCAUGGCGGCGAUCUCGCGCGCGAUCCGGGCGUGCGCCGCCGCGGGGUCCCGGCGGAGCAUGGCGUCGUCGGCGAAGGAGGUGGCGGCGGCCGGGGCGCGGGCGGCGGCGGCGGUGGCGCGGCGCGGGCGGGAGCGGGAGCGGGAGGAGGACGGGAGGCGCGUGCAGUGGGUGUUCCUGGGCUGCCCCGGGGUGGGGAAGGGCACCUACGCCAGCCGCCUCUCGCAGAUGCUCCGCGUGCCCCACAUCGCCACCGGCGAUCUCGUCCGCGACGCCCUCGCCUCCCCGGGCCCCUUCUCCGAGCAGCUUGCGGAGAUUGUGAAUAAUGGAAAGCUAGUGUCGGAUGAGAUCAUAAUAAAUCUUCUGUCAAAGCGGCUUGAAGAGGGAGCAGAAAAGGGUGAGCUGGGCUUCAUCCUUGAUGGUUUUCCAAGAACCAUAAGACAAGCGGAGAUACUUGAAGGAGUCACGGAUAUUGAUUUGGUCAUCAACCUCAAACUCCGAGAAGAGGCUCUGCUUGCAAAAUGCCUUGGUAGAAGGAUGUGCAGCCAGUGUGGUGGAAAUUUUAAUGUAGCGUCCAUUGAUAUGGAGGGCGAAAAUGGUGGUCCUCGAAUGUACAUGCCUCCACUACUGCCUCCUCCACAGUGUGAAUCAAAGUUGAUAACUAGGCCUGAUGAUACUGAAGAGGUGGUAAAGGAGCGAUUGCGUGUUUAUCAUGAUUUGUGUGAGCCAGUGGAGGACUUCUACAGAGCACGUGGUAAACUAUUGGAGUUCAAUCUACCAGGAGGAAUUCCAGAAUCAUGGCCGAAGUUACUGCAAGCAUUGAAUUUAGACCCUGGCAAUGAAAGAUCUGCAGCAGCAUGAUUUUUGCUUUAGGAAUGUUCGUUAUGUAUUUGUAGCCCUACGCCAGAAGUAGUUAAGUAAUGAGUAUUCCUUGUACCUCUAGAAGUAGUUCAAUCGGGUUACCAAAAUUAUAUUGAUAUAGCACUCAAUUGUAUAGGUGAUUCAUCAUCGAUCUUGCAUGAUGCCAUGAUCGAUGAGUGUGCUGGUUGUUAUUCUUAAAUGAGAAAGCUUCCAAUAAACCAAUACACAUUUAUUUGUAGCCAACUAUGCUUGUUGAAAGCAACACAAGGCAAGCCUUGUGAUGACAGUAAUAUUUUCCUUGCAACUAUGCCUGUUUGAAAGCAAUACAGAGCAACCAUUGUAAUGAAAUUCUGGUGCUAUUGACA